UCCGCCCCAACCAACCGCCUUCCGUCGCUGCAGAAAAUCUCUCCGCCUUCCCUUCUCUCCGCAGCCUACUCGCCGGCGACCGCGCGCUUCGGCCCCCUAGGGAAUCGGAGCCCCGAGUUUCUCGAUCGAUCGCUCGCGCGAAGGGCAGGGCUUCCUCCGCCUCGAAUCGCCGCCGGAGUUUGUGUUCGUCGCGGGUGGGGUAAAACCCGGUGGCAGACGAGUUGAGGACAUCACGGCUAUACACGGCGUAGCCCGGCCUCUCAUCCAUGCCCGCUCCGUUCGACGCCGCAAGGGUUGCCUGAUCGCCGCCUCCUGCGUCGGCAACCCUUCGCCGCACGGCGGACGAGGCGCCCUCCCCUCCGAAGGCGGCAGCCCCUCCGACCUCCUCUUCCUCGCCGGCGGGGGUCCCUCCUCCCUCCUCUACUGCUAGCGUAUUUUCUUCUUUAGGGUCUCGUGCUCGUCCCUAGCUACUACGACGUAUUCUGCUGCUGUGUACCGAGCGAGUUGCUGGUGUUUUUUUUUAGAUCUCGUGUUUUUUCUCGUACCUGUUCUGGCUGCUUUCGAUUUGAACAUCGUCGAGAGAGAGUUGAGAGCAAAGGGGUGAGAGAAGAUGAUGCUCAGGAUCAAGAGGGUUCCGACCGUCGUUUCGAAUUACCAGAAGGAGGAGGUUGAAGGCGGGCGGGUCGGGGGUUGCGGCCGCAAUUGUCUCAACAAGUGCUGCAUUCAAGGAGCGAAACUCCCGUUAUAUGCUUUCAAGAAGGAGGAGGAAGUCCCUAGCGACAAGGCUUUGCUUGGGCAUGAGGAUGGGGAGCCUCCUGUCGCAUUUCUCGACUCCCUUCUGCUUGGAGAGUGGGAGGAUCGGAUGGAGAAGGGUCUAUUUCGCUAUGACGUCACUGCCUGCGAAACUAAGGUGAUUCCGGGUGGGUAUGGCUUCAUUGCACAGCUGAAUGAAGGACGUCAUCUCAAGAAGAGACCAACUGAGUUCCGCGUUGAUAAGGUGCUCCAGCCUUUUGACGGAAGCAAAUUCAACUUCACCAAAGUUGGUCAGGAAGAGGUUCUCUUUCGGUUCGAAGCAAGCGAGGAUGGUGAAACUCAGUUCUUCCCCAAUGCUCCAAUUGAUGUUGAGAGUUCCCCCAGUGUUGUUGCCAUCAAUGUCAGUCCUAUUGAAUAUGGCCAUGUGCUGUUGAUCCCUCGCAUCCUGGAGUGCCUGCCACAAAGGAUUGAUCAUGCGAGUUUCUUGCUUGCUCUGUACAUGGCUUCAGAAGCUGGAAACCCUUAUUUCCGAGUAGGUUACAACAGCCUGGGGGCAUUUGCCACCAUCAAUCACCUGCAUUUCCAGGCAUACUAUUUGGAUGUGCCCUUCCCUGUCGAGAAGGCUCCCACUCGAAAAAUAGCAGCCCUGGACAAUGGGGUGAAUGUAUCUGUACUCCUCAAUUAUCCAGUCCGAGGUCUUGUUUUUGAAGGUGGAAAUACCAUACAAGACUUGUCCAAUGCAGUUUCGGACUCGUGUAUCUGCCUGCAAGACAACAAUAUACCUUACAACGUCCUCAUAUCUGAUUGUGGAAAGCGUAUAUUCCUCUUCCCACAGUGUUAUGCUGAGAAGCAAGCUCUUGGAGAAGUCAGUAUGGAGCUUCUGGACACGCAAGUGAACCCAGCUGUGUGGGAAAUCAGCGGGCAUAUGGUCCUGAAGAGGAAGAAAGACUACGAGGAGGCAUCCAAGGAGAAUGCAUGGAGGCUCCUAGCAGAGGUUUCCUUAUCUGAGGAGAGGUUCCGUGAAGUGAGCAACCUAAUCUUCGAAGCAAUCUCUUGCAGCGUUGAUGAUGUUGCUCGAUGCUCGCUUGAUGAGCCCAAUGCCGAACCUCUGGCGGACUUUGCUGCCACCUGCCCCAAUAUGGUGGGCAGGAAGAAUGAUUGCCUGGUUCUGCAGUGAGAAUUGAUCCUUUUGAUAUUUGCAUUGUGGGAGUGUGUGUGUGUCUGGAAUUUCAGUUGCUAUGGGCUUCCUGAGGAUGCCAGCAACUGCAGAAUAAGCGAACUCGGUUUCGUCGUUCUAGUGUCGGGGCGAGUCUUGUGUAGUGUCUAUGUGGAAUGUAUCGUCUGUGUUCACCUGAAUUAUUGGUUGCUGUAAAUUACUGUAUUGGUACGCUUCUCGGAGAUACUAUCAAGCAUCCUCCGAGAGCGUGAUAUUUCAAUCUUCUGCAAAAAUUCUAGUUCA